GCUAUCCUCUCAUUGCUCCCAGUUCCCUGCCAUGGCAGACUGCACAGAGGUGAAGGUAUACGGCUAUGAGCAGUACUGUAAGGAGGUGAAGAAGCACCAUGGGAAGACAGUGUUCGCGCUGUUCUGUGGGGAUAAGAAUGAGGAUGGGGUGAGCUGGUGCCCGGACUGUGUUAAAGCUGAACCAGUCAUCCGAGGGGAAAUGAAAUACCUCCCAGAAAGCUCGGUCUUCAUCUACUGCCUGGUUGGAGAGAGAACAUACUGGAAGGAUCCAAAUAAUGAUUUUAAGAAAAAUCUGAAACUUACUGGAGUUCCCAGUCUUGUUAAAGUUGGAACGGCACAGAAGCUGACAGAAGAAGAAUGCUUUAAACCUGACCUAAUCCAGAUGCUGUUUUCAGAUGAUUAAACAUUUCA